UAGUUGUAGUUGUAGUAGGUUAGUAGUCAUAGUGUGUUGUCUAGACAGUGUAGUUGAAACUUUUUGAUGAGAGACGCACAUACUCACGUUAUCUCUCUCUAGCAUGUGGUGGACCGUGCAACACCCUGAAACACACACACACACAUGACACGUAUACAGACUACAUGCUUCGGAUGAAGACCGAACCUGGGUAUGAAGAAAAAACAAGAAUUAUGUUUAUUGCCUGUUUUAGUUGUGGACUGUCUAGUGUCCAUAAUGGGUGGUUCACCUCUCCCUAGCCCUAUUCUGAUUGGUCCAGACAAGGCCUACCUAAACUCCAAGGUAGUGUUCCAAUGUAGGUCACCUGGGUCUCCUCCACCAAACACAUACGAGCUCCUGAAGGACGGUAACCACCUGGUUGCCACGAGCAACGGCCUCCAAGACGACCAAUCGGCUACGUUCUUCCUGAAGAUCUCUGUGACGUCAGAAGGAUCGUACCACUGCAGGGUGACAGCAGGUGGAAACAUGGGCCUCAGUGGAACAGUCCGCCUGCAAGUAGUUAUCCCUGUCUCAGGCACUAUGGUGACCUCUGACCCCGAUCCUCCCAUUCUCUACGAGGGGUUGCGGCUCACUCUCACCUGUGAUGUCACCAAGGGCUCCCACCUAUCCUACACCUGGUUCUACAACAGACAGGAAGUGCCAUCAUCUCCAACCUCACCUUUGACCCCGCUUCUGCUCUGGCCGGUGGGGAACACGCUGGUGGUGGAGAGGGUCACAACAAAGCAUGCUGGGAAUUAUUCGUGCAUUGCCGGGACCAGGAUGCAGACCAACAGCAGGUUCUCCAGCAGCAGAGAGGUCACGGUCAGGGUCAAAGCCUACCUCUCCGUACCCCAAAUAUCCUUCACCAUCUCCAAAGAGGGUUCGAGUUACCACGGCAAUGUGACCUGCAGGUCGUCAAGGGGAACCCCUCCCGUGACCUUCUACCUCUUCCUUGACGACAAGGAGGUGGGUUCCGACGUGGCAACGGAGUCGCUGGUUGCCUGGUUCCCCAUUGCCAUGGUUCCCGGGCGUGACAUGGGCGCGGUGCGGUGUACAGUGGAGAGUGAUGCACAGAGACUGACCAGCAGACCCCUGACUCUGGUAGACGGUUGUAGGCUACAAGCACACGUGGUUGCUAGGCAACCGCUACAACAUCCACAUGAGCUACAAGGUGUUCUGUGGGUGGGACUUCUGUAUCCAAGACCCCGAGGUCGCCGACCUCAAACUCAGCUUCAUCGGAACGAACUGAAGUUAUACUUAGAAGAGGAGAGGUUCCAACAGCGGGAGGCCAGGAGGACGUUGGGUCAGUGGGCACGGCUCUACUUCCUGCGAGGGCUGCUCCACUUCCUGGUCCUGGUUCUACUGGGCGGAGCCUUCUGUCUCAUCUACUAUGCCACCAAAGCCUCACAGGCUGAGAGGAGUGGAAACGAUUUGAUCCUCACGGUGCUUCUCCAGUACCUUCCUCCCAUCGUCAUCACCCUGGUCAACUUCUUCCUGCCUCACGUCUUCCGCCAUAUCUCUUCCUUCGAGGAUUACUCCAUCACCACCCAGGUCAAUGCUACCCUCGUCAGGAGUAUCUUCCUGAAGUUGGCCAGUCUGGGGAUGUAUCUCUUCUUCCUCUUCCAAAACAGCCAACAGGAAUGUUGGGAGAAUCAGUUUGGUAAAGAGAUGUACAAGCUCGCUGUGUUCGAUUUCCUCGCCUGUUUCUGCAACACCUUCUUCAUCGCCUAUCCUAGAAAGUGGUUGGUGGACAGGUACCCAUCGUCUUGGCUGGCGCGGUUGUCGGGGAAACAGCAUUUCCUGAUCCCGUUCAAUGUUCUAGACCUGGUGUACAGUCAGACGGUCACCUGGGUAGGACUGUUCUACUGUCCCAUGCUGCCAUUUAUAGAGACAGUCAAACUGAUGGCCAUUUUUUACAUCAAGAAGUUGACAGUUCUCCAGUGCUGUGUUCCAGCCCGGAGAAUGUUCCGUGCCUCCAGUUCUUCAGUUCUGUUCCACUUCAUGUUACUACUGGGUCUCAUCAUGGCAGUCAUCACCCUCGGAAGUAACCUACACAAGUUCAAACCUUCUUCCAGCUGUGGUCCUUUUGUGGGCAGCGCUACAGUGUUUAAUGUAACAGCUGUGUGUGUGGACAGUCUACCAGGACCGGCCAAGUCCACCCUGAGAUACCUGUCCUCAGAGGCCUUCGUUCUGCCGGUGAUACUGGCGCAGAUUGUUGUCCUGACCUCCUUUGAGUCGCGGAGGAGAGCCAAUGGAAAAGCAAUCGAGAGACUGAAGGACAUGCUGGUGAUGAGCACCUCAGAUAAGCAUUUUCUGCUGAAGCAGCACACUCUCUCACUCAGACGCCAGAAGAAAACCUUCAAGGCCUCCACCACUGUUUCAGGCACUAGAGAGGGCAGCCCUCCCACCAUGAAAGGCCCCUCAGCAGGCAUUGGAGAGGACAGCCAUAUCGCUCAACUGAAGGACCCCUCUGCACAGCCUACAGGCGAUGACAGCCCAUCAUAAAGAUAGAUAGAGGACUCUAGUGCCCAAAAGCCAGUUUUAGCAUGUGCAGAGACAUUCGGGAUUUUCACCCUUCUGAAGUAGUCAACUGAGUGGAACUACCUAUGGUUUAAGGAACAUUACAUUUACAUUUUAGUCAUUUAGCAGACGCUCUUAUCCAGAGCGACUUACAGUAGUGAAUGCAUACAUUUCAUUUCAUACAUUUUUUUUUUCUGUGCUGGCCCCCCGUGGGAAAUGUUCAUGAUUCCAUCCAGGUCAUCAGGAGGGUUCAACCAAAGAAUUAUACUCGUGAGGAAACAUUCCAUAACUGCAGGUAGCUGUAAAUUGCCAACCUUGGCUUUAUACCUGUUCAAACGAUACACUCUAGGUGGCAGUAUGUACCCUUUCAGUUUGUUUACCAACUCAUAGAAGUAGUAGAAGAAGAAAAUUAACUACUUCGAAAUGAAGAUUGCCUCAAUGGCUCUUCCCAUGCUACCACAGACGCCCUAUUGGGACAGAUACAAUGUUGUGUUCUCUAACUAUCUCUAUGCAGCCCAGAGAGAUAGAAAUAGAGCCCACCAGCUAUCAUUGUGUCAAAUGCACCCUCUAUCCAACUCUAUGGAGCAGACAUAGCCAAAUGGCACCCUAUUCCAUAUUUAGUGCACAAAAGUAGCAGUAGAUGUGACCUUUGAGCUUUUUGUCACUCCCUAACAUUCAGGGUGUAUUGCUCUGGGCUGUACCUAAAUGUCAUAUACAGUAUUAAGAACAACAAGAGUAAAGUUACAGUACUAGUGUUACUGUACUGAUGUGUUUAGUGGCUAUGAUGCAGUUGUAAAAACUUAACUCUCAGGUAUGUGGUAUCAUUGGGGAUGAUGUUGCUAUAUAGGCUGUACUUGUAAACAGCGUUAAGGACAGAGUACUACUAGUGUGUACUGUUAGAAUACUGAUGUGUUUAAUGGUUUUAAAUAUACAUGUAAAAGCUCUUACUAUGAAGUAGAUGUUGUUUCUGCAAAAGCUUGAGUUUUUUUUUUAUACAUUUUUUAUAUUUGAUCAAAUAUUGUUUUCAAAAUGUGAACUUCUAUGAAUGAAGUUAUAAAAAAGCUUCUAUUAAAAGGUUAUGUUGUUAUGUCA